CGGUGAAAGGCGCAUGCGCAUGUCCAUACCCGAACUCUGCUCGGGCUCUGGGGUCCCUCAGGCUACGGGGUCUUGGCGCAUGUGCAUUGCCGCACGCUCCCCGGUUUCUCAGCUUGUCUAGUCAGUCGGGGACGGCGGCCGCCUGAGUGCUGAGGGGCGCCAUGCACUGGGGACUGUGUGCUUGCCGGCCCGGGGCGGCGCCUCUGGCCUCGGCCCGCAGCCGCUGGGGUCCCCCAUGGUCCCCGCGUCGCCCGGGACCGCUGGGUGCCGCCGCGAGCUUUCCGGUUCGGGGAGUUUCGGGGGCUGGAGACCCGGCGGCCAGCCCAGACCGCGGCCGGUACCGCGACACCGUGCUGCUGCCGCGCACCGCCUUCCCUAUGCGGCUGCCGGGCCGCCGCCAGCCGGACACUGAGCUGGAGAUCCAGCAGAAAUGUGGGUUCUCGGAACUUUAUUCAUGGCAAAGAGAAAGAAAAGCCAAGACAGAAUUUUGUCUUCAUGAUGGACCUCCUUAUGCAAAUGGUGACCCUCACAUUGGACAUGCUUUAAAUAAGAUUUUGAAAGACAUAGCCAAUCGAUUCCAUAUGAUGCGAGGUUCCAAAAUCCACUUUGUGCCAGGCUGGGAUUGUCAUGGACUGCCCAUUGAGUCAAAAGUAUUAUCCGAACUUGGUGGAAAGGCUCAGAAUCUUUCACCUAUGGAAAUUAGAGAGAAAGCCAGGUCAUUUGCUAAAGCAGCCAUUGAGAAACAGAAGUCAGCGUUUAUCCGCUGGGGAAUAAUGGCAGAUUGGAAUAACUGCUAUUACACAUUUGAUGGCGAGUACGAGGCCAGACAGUUGAGGAUUUUUUACAAGAUGUAUGAUAAGGGUUUGGUUUACCGGUCUUACAAACCUGUGUUUUGGUCUCCCUCAUCAAGGACUGCCUUGGCUGAAGCAGAACUGGAGUAUAACCCAGAGCACACCAGUCGUUCUGUGUAUGUGAAGUUCCCCCUGCGGACACCUCCCCCGAAGCUGGCGUCUCUGCUCGACGGCUCCCCCGCCGCGAGUGUGCUGGUGUGGACCACGCAGCCCUGGACGGUCCCAGCCAACCAGGCCCUGUGCUACUCACCACAGUCCAAGUAUGCUGUUGUGAAGUGUUCCACUUCCGGAAACCGCUACAUAGUGGCCGCAGAUAAAGUAGCGCCUCUUGGUUCUACUUUGGACACGACAUUGGAGGUUAUAGCAACAUUUUCAGGUGUAGAUUUGGAAGAUGGCACUUGUAGUCAUCCGUUAAUUCCAGAUAAAGUGUCACCUCUCUUACCUGCGACUCACGUGACCAUGGCAAAGGGCACAGGACUGGUACACACGGCCCCAGCACACGGCAUGGAGGACUACGGGGUGGCCUCUCAGCACAGCCUGCCCGUGGAUUGCUCGGUGGACGAAGGAGGGACUUUCACGGCUGCCGCAGGUCCUGAGCUCGAGGGCAAGGCUGUGCUGGAAGAGGGGACAGACAUGGUUAUAAAGAUGCUGCAGCAUGCGAAGAGUCUGUUGAAAGAGGAAAAACUGAUCCACAGCUAUCCCUAUGACUGGAGGACCAAGAAGCCCAUUAUCAUUCGUGCCAGCAAGCAGUGGUUUGUGAAGAUCUCGGACAUCAAGCCCACGGCCAAGGAAGUGUUGAAGACGGUGAAGUUUAUUCCUGGGUCGGCUCUGAAUGCCAUGGUUGACAUGCUGGAGCGGCGGCCAUACUGGUGCAUCUCUCGACAGAGGGCGUGGGGCGUUCCCAUCCCCGUGUUCCUUCACAGGACCAAGGACGAGUGCCUGAUCAACAGCCAGACCGUGGAGCAUGUCGCCAGGCUGGUGGAGCAGCACGGCAGUGACGUCUGGUGGACGCUGCCCCCCGAGCAGCUGCUCCCGCAGGAGGUCCUGUCCCAGGUUGGCGGCCCUGAUGGCUUGGAGUACCUGCCCGGCCAGGACAUCCUGGACAUCUGGUUUGACAGCGGAACCUCAUGGGCUUCUGUUCUUCCAGGCCCCGACUCCAGGGCGGAUCUGUACCUGGAAGGCAAGGACCAGCUGGGCGGCUGGUUCCAGUCGUCCCUGCUGACGAGCAUCGCGGCCAGGAAGAAGGCCCCAUUCAAGGCGGUGCUGGUGCAUGGCUUCACGCUUGGAGAAAAGGGAGAGAAGAUGUCCAAGUCUCUGGGUAACGUCAUCGAUCCCGAUGUGGUCAUCCAUGGGGGACAGGAUGAGAGUGCAGAGCCUCCCUUUGGGGCGGACAUUCUUCGCUGGUGGGUGGCCGAGUCCAACGUCUUCACGGAGGUGACCCUCGGGCCCUCCGCACUGAGUGCGGCCAGGGAGGACAUCAGUAAGCUCAGGAACACACUCCGCUUCCUCCUGGGAAACCUGGCCGGCUUCAACCCCCAGACAGACUCUGUGCCCGUGGACGGCAUGUAUGUCCUGGACCAGUACAUGCUGCACCUGCUGCAGAGCCUGGCCACCAAGGUCACCGACGCCUACAAGCAGUACGACUUUGGGAAGGUGGUCCGGCUGCUGCAGGCCUUCUACACCCGGGAGCUCUCGGGCUUCUACUUCAGCAUCGUCAAGGACCGCCUCUACUGCGAGCGGGAGGACGACCCCAAGCGGCGCUCCUGCCAGACAGCACUGGCGCAGAUCCUGGACGUGCUGACGCGCGCCUUCGCGCCGGUCCUGCCACACCUGGCCGAGGAGGUCUUCCAGCACCUGCCCUAUGGCGCGGAGCCCAGGAGCGUUUUCCGCACCGGCUGGAUCAGUGCCAGCACCAUCUGGAAGAAGCCGGGGCUGGAGGAGGCGGUGGAGGGCGCGUGUGCCAUGCGGGAUGCCUUUCUCGGGAGCAUCCCAGGCAGAAACGCGGCGGAGUACGAGGUCACCGUGGUGAUCGAGCCUGGCCUGCUCUUUGAGAUCAUAGAGAUGCUGCAGGCUGAGGAGACAUCCAGCUCCUCGCAGCUGAGUGAGCUCAUGAUGGCCUCGAGGUGCACACUGCUGGCCCAGGAGCCCCUGCAGCGGCCUGAGGACGUGACUGAGCUCGGGGGGACCUUCCUCAUCAACCUGGAAGGUGGCGACAUCCGCGAGGAGGCCUCCUAUAAAGUGCUGGUCACACCAGCGACCCAGGAGAAGUGCCCCCGCUGCUGGAAGUACACGGCGGAGGCCGCGGACACACUAUGUCCCCGCUGCGCGGAGGUCGUUGGCCAGGCAUAGCCUGUGGAUGUCCCACCCCUGGGAGGGUGUGGAUGUGCUAGGACUGCGCACACGGCCGCCCGCCCACGACAGACUGGGAAGGGCAGCGGGUGGACUCCAGGUGUGUGGUGUGUAGGACCCUUUCCCGCCUGGGAUCUUAGGUCCUGUGACGGAUUCUGGGUACUGAUGGCUGCUGAAGGGGCGGGGGCUGUGAUGGGAGGAGAUCUGGGGCGGGGGUGGGGGGGACAGCAGGGGAGCACCGCAGGAGCCGGGCGUCUGGUCGGUAGUGCACAGCCUCCCCAGCAGUGGGCACACAGCAGUGUGGCCCGAAGCUUCCCAUCUCUGGGUACAGAGCCCUCCUAGGCAGGUGACAGCUACCCACCAUGAGCUCCAGGACAGCAGCUCAGUUCCCAGGGGCUAAAAUGGCAGUUAAUCAGACUUCCUAAAAGAGCAGCUGAAGAUUGUUUGCUUCAAUCUUUGAUGAGGUUUUAUAACGAAAGUAAAACUUUGCUUCCUUUUGCAAAA